AUGGGUUUGACUCAAAGCACAGACGCCCACCUAUCCGCUCUCUCCGACUCACUUACCACCGAGCGCUUCAAGAUGGCGGCCGCUUCAUCCAUCCAGCCGCCGAGCGUGCACACGUUAAAGCGGGAAAAUUCACCUCACCCGGAGUGCGACAGCCCCGCGAGCCGACAGGAGGAGGACGCAGUAUCCGAGGGGACCACCAUCCUCAGAGAUCUACCGGAACUUGAUCCCGAGGAGAUCGAGAAACGGCUGGAGAAAACUCGCAGAGAGCUGAGCAACAGGAGGAAGAUCCUUAUUAAGAACCUGCCACAGGAUACAACCAACCAGGAGGUCCAUGAAAUUCUACGCGAGUACGAGCUCAAAUACUGUUUUGUGGACCGGAACAAAGGAACAGCCUUCGUAACCCUUCUAAAUGGUGACCAGGCACAGGAUGCCAUCCGAACUCUGCACCAGACAUCAGUCCGAGGCCGUGACGUCACCGUCCAGCUUCAGCCCACGGACUCUCUCCUGUGUGUCACCAACCUGCCCUACACAGUCACUGCCAGCCAGUUUCAAGAGCUGGUGCGCUCCUAUGGCAACAUUGAACGCUGUUUCCUGGUGUACAGUGACCUUACGGGCCACUCCAAAGGCUACGGCUUUGUGGAGUACAUGAAGAAGGACUCGGCCUCCAGGGCACGGUCAGAACUCUUGGGCAAACCGCUGGGCGACCGUGCACUCAUGGUGCAGUGGGCUGACGUCAACCACCUGACCUCUGCUGACCACCUCCACUCCAAGUGCCUAUGCGUGGAUCGCCUGCCGCUAGACUUUGAAGACUCGGAGGAGCUGGCACACAUUUUUUCAGAAAGCUACAAACCAGUCUUCUGCCAGCUGGCUCAGGAUGAGGGAAGUCCAGUGCGGGGUUUUGCUGUGGUGGAGUACGAGACGGCGGAGCAGGCUGAAGCCAUGCUGCUGGAGAUGGACAGACAGCUGAUCCAGGGUCAGGAGAUACGUCUGUCUCUCUGUCCCCCAGGAACCUCUGGACGCAGCACUCUCGCUGCCCUCAUCGCUGCUCAGGGAGUGAUGUUGAGCAAUAAGAAAGGUUUACUGCCUGAACCCAAUCUGGCCCAGUUCCUCAACAGUAUGACCAAUCCUGCUGCUCUCCAGGUCCUUAUGAGACCCUACCCUACCGCCAAACGAGGAGGAAAGUUUGGUCGACCUCACAAUCUCCCCUUCCUGCGUCCACCAUUAACUGCAGCGCUGCUACAGUUAGGAAAAGCGCAGCAGAGUGCCAUCCUAGGAAAUGGUCUUGUUCUUCAGAAUCUUCUUCACAUGCAGAUGGCCCAACAACAGCUCUUACAGAUCAAAGACAAGCAGAUCACUAAUGUCCCAGGAAUUUUGGGCGACCCUUCCCGUCUGCUCCUGCAAAAAGUUCUGGGUCUUCGAACUCCGGCACCGGUUCCUCUGGGGAAGGGGUUGCUGGGAGAUUCUCCCACAGAGUUGGGCCAAGACUCUUCUCCGGUCACGUCCCAGGGUGGAAACUCUGGGGCUGGAAUGGUGUCAUAUGUACCUGGACGUUCACACGCAAGUUCCAUUGCAGAGCAGAAUGGAGUCACUGCGACAUGCCUGGCUCCAGAGAAACAGCCUGCACCUCCAGGAACCACAGGAGGCUCUGUAAGCUCCCAAACACAACUGCAAAACUUCCUCCCUGGAAUUAACGCACCAAGUCUGGGACCUUUGCUGGGGAGUACAACGCACAAAGCUCCAGCCAACCACCACAGUUCAAGCGUGCAGAAUAAUUCUUCCAUUACAAGUCAGUCCAGUUGUCAGACGUCUCUGUUGGGAGACCCCCCUAAAGAAGUGAAGUUGCCUUCCAACCCAUAUCUAAACCUGGCUAGUGUGCUUCCUGGAGUGGUACUACAAGCACCCUGCAACAGUAAACCUCAGACUGUGCAGGCGCACACUGGGACGUACAGCGCAGUCCUGCCACCUGCCACCCACCCACCCAGUCAAUAUAGUGCAGAGACCACUCCUGCAGAAUACACUCACCAAUACACUCAGCAAUACACACAGGAGGCCAUGCAGCAGUGGUACCAACACUACCAAGCACAGACCUACGGCAACACUUGCCAAGAGACUGCUGCAGUUACUGAAUGCACAAAAGAGCAACCUCAGGUGGUGGUCACCUCCUCAUACGGAGACUACAGUUCCUACAUGCAUGCUGUCAGUCAGUACUAUUCUCAGACGCAGAUGAGCCAGACAGCUGCUCAAGUCUACCAGCACCGAGAUGUCAGCAAGGAGGUGGAGGUGGUGAAGACCCCCUUGAGUGGGCCUCUGCACACCUCUCUGAACGGCACUGCUCAGACCCUGCUGCCCACCUACAGUGCCCUACCCAUCAUGCCUGGCUUCAUCACACCGACACACACGCACACACACACGCCCAGUCCUGCCGCACACACACCCGCCGCAGCCACGGCCACCGACUGGAACAACUACUAUUAUAGUCAGGCUAGAGGGCAGAAGCGAGAAUACCCCACACUGCCCACACAGGAAGUGACAUCAGAGGGGCUGUAUGUAGGCCAGCACUCACAGGGUCUUGGGGGCCAGUACGCCGACUACUUCAAGAAGAAGAGGAUCUAACUCGCACUCGCUCUCACUACUCGCUGUAUGUUGCCGUUGUCAUGUCCAGGCCCUAACUUUUAGUCGAUAACUGAUAUUUAUGAAAAGAUUAUACAUUUUAUUGUGCGUUCCUCUUCUGUGGAUGUGGGUACUGUUGUUAUUUCUGUCCGACGCCAGGCAGGACCUCUUAAGAUUGCUCUGACUCUGUCCCAAAUGAUCUGUUAAGAUAAUUGAUAUUUCUCUUUUUCUGUUCUGCCCUUUUACCUCUCUCCUAGGCGGGACGUUCCAUUCCACUCCAGAGGGGGCGCGGGGGCGGGGGGUUCCGUGUCCGUGUUUUACUGUACAAACGGUUAAGGGCUGAUAAAGAUUGAGCUACACUCAGAGAAUAACAAUUUUCAAAGAUGUUUUUUUUCCUGACAGGGUAGGGCAUAGCCAAUGUUUAUUGUAUAUUCUGCGAAAUGAGUGUAUUUUUUACCGUGUACAGACAUUGAGAAUAUUAUUAAUAUUACCGUCUUGCUUAAUGUGUCACUGUUUAUCUUGACUAUCGAUUCGCUUUCCAAAGUGUACGGGAACCGCGUGUUUGAGGAUUAAUCUUUAACGUGUGUCUCUGUACAUACUGCUGUAUCUGUAGGAACGAUCAGCCAUUCUGAAAACUGCAGGAGCCUUAAAACACGGCGCUCAGAGAAGACAUGGCUAAGGCAAUAACCUCUACCUUCUCUGGAGAAACUACCACCACAUACGCCAAGGUGACUUUUCCCCCAGGGUGACCUCCACACAACAUUCAGCUACAAUGCUGUCAGUGGUUGCUUUUUAAUAACAGUAUGAGUAAUAAUAAUACAUUAGUAUAGUAGUAGUAAUAAUCUGCUGGAAGGAUGUCAGGGGUUAGGGUGGUUAUGUAUCGGAUAAAACAGCUCACAUGCAAACACCCACAUGGUAAUAAUCUAACAUAAUGCCUAUAUAUGGAUAUUAGUGGUCUGUUAUUCUGUGGUUUAAUCUCCUUACUUUAAAGGAGAGAGUCUGUAUUUUGGUGAUUUUACUGUCUUAAUUUAGAUACUUAAAACAAGUGACAUAAAUCUCCCAAUGGGACAAAUAAAGUCUUAGAGAUAGUUCACCAAAAUUUUUAAUUCUGUUUUUAUUUACUCAUCCUCGU